CCCCGGCUCCUAUAUAAACAAUUCCCAUUCAUCAUGUUCUUCAUCUUAUUCCAAAACAUCUUUAAUUUACAGAACAAAGAAACACCAUUGAUCCAUCUCUCUCUAAUAAUCCUUUUUCCAGCAUCUAAAGAACUUUGAGAGGGUCAAGUUCCAUUGGAUUCAAAAGUCGUUAAUUCGGUUCUUAAAGAAAUUUAAAGAGAGAGAUAUGAAGAUGAUGAUGAUGGGAAGCUCCAAGAGAAGCAAAGGAAUCGGAGGAGUUCUUAAAGAGCAUAAAGCAAGGCUUUACAUUAUCAAGAGAUGUGUGGUCAUGCUUCUUUGUUACCAUGAUUGAUAUAUCCAAUCUCUUUGAAGAACUUUGCUGAUCAAUCAAGUGGUUUGUAAAUAGAAAAUAUAUGGCUUGAAAGAGCUCAACAAUUUUGUAACCCUAUUUGUUGGCUUUAAUGUAACUUCUACUUAUGUUAGGUUAA